AUGCCGACGCGAGGCUUUAACACGCAGUCCCGAGGAGGCCGCGACACGGCGAGCCUCCUUGCCCCCUCCAGCUACGACGACGACGCCUCAUCCUUGCACAGCAGCCGAAGCGAUCAGGAGACCGACAGCGACGAUGACCAACUGCAACAACGAGCGCGUAACAGCCGGGAGCUGCGCGCUGCCGAUAGCAUGUUAUUCAUGGAGGAGGACGAGGUCGACAAGCUCAUUACCGAUACGCGCAAGAAGAAGCAAGAUCUCCAACGCCGAGGAUCUGGCCUCGCUGUUCCGAACCCGAUGAAGCUUUUCAGCCGCAGCGCCGACGAUGCGCGUCCUGGAUCUAGCAAUGGGUCGACAGAAGAUCUCCUUAGUGAGAAGGACAAAAGGCAUCAACGCCGUACAAGGAGGAAGCAGAAAAAGGAGCGCCUCAUGGAGCAGGCCAUCCAUGGGGAGGACGGUGAGCUGAUGUACGAGAUGGAGGAGGGGGGCAUGAAAGAAGGUAGCUCAACCGGCGAGAGCAGCGAACGAGAGGACAGCGACGAGCUCGACCGACAAAGACUGAAGAUGCUUGACAAGUCAAAGCUGGAUAAGAGACGGGGCUGGCGCAGGUGGCUGUUCAUCCAUAGCAUGAUUGCGAUUGGUUUCGCCAUCCUGGUGCUGGUGGCAUGGAAGCUGUCGCUGAAUAGGAAGUCAGCGCACAAGGCAGACUUUGCCAGCAACGGCACCGCCCUAUUUGCGCCGACGACCAUCAUCAUUAGUCUCGACGGCUUCCGCGCUGACUUCCUGCAACGUGGACUGACGCCGAGACUCAAUGCUUUUGUCAAGGAGGGCGUUUCACCAAAGUACAUGCUCCCGUCGUUCCCUUCAGUUACUUUCCCGAACCACUACACGCUUGCCACUGGGCUUUACCCAGAAAGCCACGGCAUCGUCGGAAAUACUUUCUGGGACCCGGACAUGCAGGCCGAGUUUUACUACACCGACCCGGCACGAAGUCUUGAUGCGAAGUGGUGGAAUGGCGAGCCAUUCUGGGCCACUGCCGAGAGGCAGGGUAUUCGAUCUGCCAUUCACAUGUGGCCGGGCAGCGAGGCCCAUAUUCUGGGUAUUGAGCCUACCUUCCUGGACAGAUUCAAUGCAAAGGAGGCUCUCGACAACAAAGUCAGCAGGAUUCUGGAGUUCCUCGACAAGCCAGGCAUGGAGGACAAGACGGCCAAGGUAGAGGAUAUGCGCCCUCAGCUCAUUGCCGCCUACGUGCCCAACGUCGAUUCAGACGGCCACAGAUACGGGCCCAACAGCACGGAGAUCCGCUCUACCAUCCAGGCAGCCGAUGCCAUGAUGGACCAGCUGUUCCUCGGCUUGGAGCAGCGGAACCUCACUGGCAUCGUCAAUGUUAUUGUUGUUUCCGACCACGGCAUGGCCACCACUGACACUACACGAGUCCUACAGCUUGAGGAUCUUGUUGACGCCUCCAAGAUUGAGCACACCGACGGCUGGCCUCUAUACGGUCUCAGGCCCAAGAACCCUGAUGACCUUCAGGGGCUCUACGAUGGACUGGCUGAGAAGGCCAAGACCAACCCGAACUUUGAAGUUUACCUCCGCGAUGUCAACAUGCCCGAGCGCUACCAUUUCUCCAAAAACAAACGCAUUGCACCUCUGUGGAUUGUGCCCAAGACUGGCUGGGCCAUUGUUAAGAAGGAGGAGAUGGAUGUUGCCAAGGCGCUGAAGGAUGGCACUGUGUACAACCCUCGUGGAUUGCAUGGUUAUGAUCAUGAGCACCCGUUGAUGCGUGCUAUUUUCAUCGCUCGUGGACCGGCUUUUCCUCACCCGCCCAACAGUCAGAUUGACGCCUUCCAAAACAUCAACGUCUACAACAUUCUUUGCGACUCUGUUGGUCUCAUCCCGGAGCCGAACAACGGAACCUUGCGCCUCCCCCUCUCGCCCAUUGGAACUCAUGCGGACGAGGACGCCCCGAAGGAACUUGAAGAUCCCGUAUCUGCAUACACUACCUCGCAGCUCCCCGCAUCCAAGAUCGCUGUUCCAACCGUCGCUUCGUCGGUAGCUCAGUCAGCGACGCAGGCUGCUGAGCCCGACAAUACUAUCCAAGUUGACCCUCCCCAAUCAUCGUCGACAAGCACUGCGGCUCCAGGUGAAGAAGACGGGGAUAGCAAUGGCUCAGACGACGACGCCGUUGAGAAAGGUAAGGAGGCCCUUAAGGGGCUCUGGGACUGGCUUGCAGAUAAAUUUGGCAAGAUUUGGGGCAAGAUUAAGGGUAAUAAGGAUGAUAAGGAUGAUAAGAAGUCGGACGACACAGAGGAGUCAGAUUAA